GUGGCAGGGUUGUAAUUAUAAUGAAAUUGGUUUCUUUCUUUUCUUUUCGUUCUGAAGGAAGAACGUGUGUGUCGUCCCUAACCUCGUUCUGCAAGUUCUUCUCUGCUUGACUGCUACCUCCUUCAUCCCACAACCAAGAUGGGAGGAAAAAGUGAGAAGGGGGAGAGCAUGAAAUGGACAACCCAAAACACAAAGAUAUUCAUUGAUAUUAUUUAUGAUCGAGUGAAAAAAGGGCAGUUGCAAGAGUCAACAUUUAAGAAAACAAUUUGGGAAGAAAUAAACAUUGAGUUGCAAAAGACAAGUGGAGCACCCCUACCUGAUGGUGUUGAAAGGCUGAAGGGAAAGUUUAAUCGGCUACACCUUCAACAUCGUGAAUUUUCAACUUUGAUAUCUCGCACAAGAGUUACAUGGGAUCCUGAGGCUAACAAAGUGAAUGCUUCUGAAGAAGUUUGGGAAGAGAUGUACAAGAAAGGAAAAUUCUACAAGCAGUUUAAGAAGCAUGGAUUUGAGCAUGACUAUUAUAUCCUUGGUGAGAUAUUUAAUUCUAGUACAGCAACUAGAAAAUUAAGUCUAGCUUCUACUCAAGAGCCACCAAACUCCGAUGAAGAGAGAGAAAUAGAGGAAGACUUUCUCUCAAAAGGUGUUCAUAUUGAUUCUAAAGUUAUUGAUGUUGAUGGAGAGGAUCUGCAAGAAGUUAGUAAAAGGAGAAAAGUCACUGGGACUUCUAGUGAACGUCGUCGUAAGGAGGCAAAAAAUUCAAGGCUGGAUGUGUUAGAAUCAACUGUGACCAAAUGGUCUAACACAAUGGAUGCAAGGGCAGAUAGAUAUAAAAAUGAAGCUGAUUCUUCUGCAGGCGCAUGCAUUAAAUUAUAAGAGUCCAUGGAUGGUAUUUCCCCAAAAGUUUUCAACAUUGUCGUGGAGAAGUUUACAAAUAAGGAUUUGAGAAAAAUGUUUAUAGCAAUGUCUUCAAUUAGGAAGAUGGAUUGGAUAGCAUCUCUUGAGUAGUAUCAUUUAAUUGAUUCCAAUUUUCUGUUAUUUUGUUUAUGAGAUUGAAGAUCGGAUUUUCUUGUUUUGUUUCCUUAUUAGUAUUGAAUUUCUAUGAUAUGCGUUUAAUG